AAAUAUAUUUUUAACAAUUUCUUUAAUGUCUUAAUUACAGACUCAACGAAAAUCACUGCCCAAUAUUAAUUUACACCUAACAACUAAUAUAACUGCAGAUACAAAAAAAAAAAGAAGAAAACAGCGGCAAUAUCGAAACUUUAAGUGCCACGAAUUUUUUAACAAAAAUACAACAUUCAGUCUAAAAAACAAAGUAAGCAGGAGGAUAUGGUUUUGCCAUUCGGUCUCGGAGCUGACGGCCAACACACGGGUGGCCAAACAACAAUCAUGGUACCAACAGCACCUCCUGCUUUUCUAAUGCCUGGACAAACAAAUGUAUCCACCGUCAUACCGAUUAUACCGAGCCCAUAUAUUGAUUUUAUUGUUGUAAACGGUGAUGAUCGGUACAUGAUACGAUGCGAGAGAAAGGCUGUACUUGAAAAUAGUGUGGAAUUAGCCAAACUCAUACACGCCGGACCGAACAGUGGACGUAAAGGUGAUAAUCAUUUUCAAAUAUCAAAUGUGGAUAAAAACGAUUUUGAACUAGUCAUAAGAUUUCUUGAAACGAAAUUCGUAAAAUAUAGUGAUCAUCUGCAUAUACUUAAAAUACUCGAAUUAGCUGCCCGCUUUAAUUGUCCAGAUUUGAUAAUACACUGCAUACGUGAACUUGAUUUACUUUUAAGUAGCAUUACAGUCGUCGAUGUAUUUCGUGCAUUGUGGUAUUAUCAGCAUUUAAUGCCUGCCAGUCAAAAUCAAUUGGAUUCAGUUAUCACAUCACAAGAUGCACUGUUAGCUAAAAAACAGAAACACAAGGGACGAACUGACAAUCAAAGCUCAACAGCUAACUCGCAUUCUAACCCUUUUACAGCUGAGGAAUUUUGUGCGGCACUACUAAGUAAUACUCUGCAGUUGAUUGAUAUGCAAGCAGAAUCUGUGUUAACAGAACAGCAAAUGACUGAACUGCGUUUCGAGGAAUUGGAAACGAUUGUAAAACGUGAUUCACUGCAACUGAGCUCUGAACUUGUACUAUUCAGAUGCUUGUCUGACUGGAGUAUUGCUGAGUGUAGACGAAAAAAAUUGGAACCAACGGCAGAAAAUCGAAGGCGUGUCUUGGGUCCAUUAUGUUAUGCUCCACGAUAUUUAUUAAUGAGUUCAAAUGAAUUUCGUAGAGCUUGUGAACGUGUUGAACUAUUAGAUCCAACUGAGAUAACACUUGUCGAU